CUGCCAUGCUAACAAACAGCCGGCACGCUUACGUGCUUUCCAGAUAACAGUUCCAAAUAGUGGGCAGAAAUGUCAAGUAUCCUUUUCACGCAAGGCAGGGGAGGGAGAGGCAGCAAGGGCCGGCUUGCAGAUCGCACGGCGCUGGCAGUGCGCUUACAUAAGCCCCGUGCUGCAGCGGCUGCUCUGAGCAGAGCCUUGCCCAGGAGGGCUGGGUCUAGAAGCUUUUCUUUUGGGUCCUAUAGCACUGUGCAGGGGAAAGCCUCUCCCACACAGACCCUCCCCGAGGUCUGCUUUGGGUUGAUACGGGAGCACCCAGCCUUUUGUUUGCCCGUGGAGCUGCUCCCGUGGUUUUACAUCCUCUUCUGGCGACGGAAGGAGAGGCAGCUGGGUGUGUGCCUGCUGUGGGGCUGAGGGAAGAAGCCAGCACUGAUUGUCACUGGCGGGCGUGUGCUGUCAUACCACUCAUUGCUGUCCAUCUCUGUCCCUUGGCUGUACUUUGCUCCUGGCUGCCCGUGCUGCCGAAAGCAGCCUUACCGUGAAUAAAGGUUGAGAUUCCUUCUGCCCAGAGUUGUGCUGUCGUUUUGCUAUUUCCACCCCUCACUAUUUGCUCUCCCCUCGCCGUGGUGGCAAACGCAUCCCAAGCCCCGGUGCUGCGCUGCCAGGCGCUGCUGCUGCUUUAUCCCGAAGCUGCGGGUCCAGCCUCCGCUUUGGUUUCCUCCCUGCCCGCACCCAGCUGAGCGCUUCGCCCUACCGCAUCCCUAACAGCACACACCGCCCUCCGUGCUCCCUAGUUGUGCAACGAGAUGGGCACGGUGCUUUACGGAGGGAGGCGUUCUGCUGCGACGAGAAAACGGGGAUGUCCGUAACGCAGAGCGCUGCCGAUUCCCGCAGGUGGAGCUGUGCGAACUCGCUUGAUUUCUGUUAACACGAAACAAGCACCAAGGACGGGCACGAUCGCGCCGCAGCUCCAGGCGAGGCGGCAGCCGGGCCCCUUGCUGCUGGCCAUGGCACUGCUGCCCCGCCGCUUCCUCUGCUUCGUGCUGGCCCAUCACUUCAUUGCGGCGACAGCGUGCCAUGAGGCGGAGUACGGCCGGCAGAUCCGUGAGCGCUGCCUACGGCCCUUCAAGCUCAGCAUGGAGGGCAUCGGGCAGCGGCUGUGGUGCGACUGGGACGAGACCAUGGGCACCUACGGGGAGCUGACGAACUGCACAGUUGCGGUGGCUGAGAACCUCACUUGCUACUGGCCCAACCGUUUGGUGGAUGAGUUCUUCGUUGCCGUCCACAGCCACUACUUCAAGAACUGCUCCCCAUCCGGCCGGGCGCUGCGUGACCCCCCCAACGGCAUCCUCUGCCCCUUCAUCCUGGUGCCCAUCCUUGUCACCCUGCUGAUGACCGCGCUGGUGGUAUGGCGGAGCAAACGCAGUGAGGCAUCGUUUAGAGAUGGUUUUUCAGGGGAGAGCCUGGCCAAGGAGCAUCCCAGGGGUGCCGAGCCCCAUUGGUGCUGUUGCAUCCUUGCUGGCCCUUCCCGGGUGGUGGCUUCCAAUUAAAAUCCAUCAUUAAUGACCUGGGGAUGCUGGUGGUAGUGAGGAUGCUGCUCACUGGGCGAUGAGAGAGAGAGUUGCAGCUCUGCUCAGCCCUUCCCUGCUUCCCUCCCAGCAGCCCACAGCAUCACUGGGGGGAAAAAAAGGGAAAAAUGGAAAAAUCGGGGAAAAAACCCACAGCAGGGGUCAGUGUCCUGCCUGUGGUGCCAGCACAGCACUGGGACGUGCCAUAACCACAAGGACAGCGUGUCAGAGCACAGCCUGGGUGAUGAAACCUUCACUUUUUAUCCUUUCUGUCGUUGUUUUAUCCUUAGUAACAGCAGGAAAAGCACCUUCUCCCCCUGCCCACCUACAGACUGGCUCUGACUAGAGAUGGAAAGAUGGGUGAUGGUCACUGCUUCGCACUGGCGGGUGACACCGGUGGUGGCACUGAUGGCCUCAGAGGUGCCCCAGUGAACAAUGGGAAUUAGGUGCUUUUCCUAAUUAAAUAAAUACAUGCAGAACUAAAGCAGGUGGCAGUCUUUGGUGCAUUCCUCCACAAAGUGGGGUCUGGGUGCAUUGAGGUCCCAUAGACCUCCUGCUGCCCUGCUGGGUGUCCCAUGGGUCUCCUUUGGUGUGCCAAAGACUUUACCUCCAAACGAAGCCCAGGGGAGGGAGGUAUGGGGAGGGAUCCUGAGGUGAGAUGUGGAAGCCGAGGGGGAAAACACAGACCUGGGGAUUACAGUCAGCCCAUGGAAGGAGGAUUUCAGUGGGGAGGCUGCUGGAAUGGGGCACGGGCCAAGUGUGGGCAAGAGCAGCCCCAAAUCACCCCUGGCACUCGUGGAGGGGUUCAUCCCUGGCACAAGUGAAAUGGAAUGUGUUUUCCAACCUGCUUGUGUGUGCUUUCCUCCCUACCAUCCCUGACAUCACCACUUUGCAGUAAAGAUCUGCUACAGUCACUCCUGCUUAAAGGAGAACGUGCUGCUCCCCUAUUCAUUACAAAUACACACAGAGGCUGCGUCUUCUAAAGAUAAGGCACUUCUGCCACGUGCCAUGCACACAUCUCAUCAUCUCCUUGCUUUUCUGGGCCCCAGUAGCACAUGCAAGAGGAAACGAAGUCAGCAAUGCUGCUGUGACCGCUGCAGCUGCCCUGUGCACAACAGAAGAGGAGGGGCUGAGCAACCUGGCCACUGCACAACACAACAAAUGCUCUGCAUGAAACCACACCAACAUUUAUUCCUGGGCUUUAUCUAGGUAUAAAAGCUGCUGCACAAUUCCCCCGAGGUCAGGGUGAGCAGCAGGAGCUGAGGGCACCAGCAGAAGAACAGAAAAGCACCCACUCACAGCGUGGUGCUACCCUUUCAUUACUUAUCCCCUCUCACUGCACCCCCAGCUGAGGGCAAAGGCAGAUUUCUUGAACAAAAAAAAUCUCCUUUCAUUAUGUUUUCACAGAGAGAGAUGUAUGUACAUAAUAUAAUAAAUAUGGGAUUUUAACAGUCCUACACAAUCACUUAAAUUACAGAUUAGCCUGGUAUUUCUUUUAACUAAUUCACACGCACAAAAAAAA